ACUAUUGUCCCCGUGAAACACGUGUUUGGCGAACAAUCGUUCCACGGUUGAGAACACUUCCAAGACGCCACAGGAGGAAGACAAACCAAGAUGGCGUUUGACGGAGAAUACUUAGUUUUGGUUAUUAUAGUUUAUUUAUCUUAAUUACAAACGUCAUGUACACAUGUAGGUCGUUUAAUAGAGUAAACAUCGUUGAUAAUUGUUUGCAUCCGGAUACAUUAGUCUGAGUGCACUUUGACGUGCUUGCCUAGCCUGCUGGUUAGCUUAGCUUGUUAGCUGCUAACAAAGAGGGAAGUUAUCGACACCGCAAAGCAGAGUUCCAUUAUAAAAAACGAUAGCAAAGUACGAGGAGCGACAACAUCAACUACUGGACGCUGUUUUUCAAGAAACAUCAAGUUGUGUUACACAGAACAGACGUCAGAUAAGAACAUCUUCUGCCUGAGCAACAGGCGUGGCGCUUCAGGAUGGAGAAGGAGAAGCCACAGCCCUCCCACAUUGAGGAAGAAGAGGCGCCACAGACACAGCACAUUAAAAAGGAAGAGGAGUACCCGCUCACCUUGUAUUUUAAAGAUGAAAUGGAGGCACAAGAGACCCCGCACAAUAAAAAGGAAAAUGACCCACUGACCUCCCACUUGAAAGAGGAAGAGGAGGUGCUAGAUUCCCCCCACAUUAAGGAGGAAGAGGAGGAACACAACAUUAGUCAGGAGGGAGAGCAUCUUGACUGGUUAGAAGAGUUCCCAGUGAUUGGUGUGAUUGUGAAGAGUGAAGAUGAUGAGGUCAAAAAUGAAAGUGAGGAGAACCUGGAGGCGGAGCCUACAAUUAGCAGCUCAACCCAACACAUGACAACAGAAGCUGAUGGAGACCACUGUGGAGGAUCACAAGCAGACAAGAUCUUAGCUCCACUAUCAGAUAGUGACGACACAACGCCUCACUCUGCCGACACUGAUGAUGAAGAUUCUCAAGAUGAUAAGACAUGUCACACUGACAACACACACUUUACAUGUUGUCACUGUGACCAAACUUUUAGUUACCAGAGUAAACUGAAAAGACACAUGAGAAUACACACUGGAGAAAAAACAUUUUCCUGUUCAGUCUGCGGUAAAAGAUUUGGACGAAAAAAUGUGUUGAAUUUACACAUGAAAACACACAAUGAGGAAAAGCCUUUUUCAUGUUCAGUAUGUGAUCAAGGUUUCAUUCAAAGAAGUGAUCUGAAAAUACACAUGAGAAUACACACUGGGGAAAAACCUUUUUCCUGCUCAGAAUGUGGUAAACGAUUUGGCCGAAGAAAUGUGUUGAAUUUACACAUGAAAACACACACUGGAGAAAAGCCUUUUUCGUGUUCAGUAUGUGGUAAAGGUUUUUUACAAAGUGGUGAUCUGAAAGUACACAUGAGAAUACACACUGGAGAAAAAAGUUUUUCCUGUUCAGUCUGCGGUAAAAGAUUUGGACGGAAAAAUGUGUUGAAUUUACACAUGAAAACACACACUGGAGAAAAGCCUUUUUCAUGUUCAGUAUGUAGUAAAGGUUUUAUACAAAGAGGUGAUCUGAAAGUACACAUGAGAACACACACUGGAGAAAAACCUUUUUCCUGCUCAGAAUGUAGUAAAUGUUUUAAACAAAUUGGUAAUUUAAUAGUGCACAUGAGAAAACACACGGGAGAAAAACCUUUUUCAUGUCCAGAAUGUGGUAAGGAUUUUAUAGAAGGUGGUACGUUGAAAACACACAUGCUAAUACACACGGGAGAAAAACCUUUUUCAUGUUCAGAGUGUGGUAAAGGUUUUACAAAAAGUAGUGAGUUGGAAGUACAUGUGAGAAUACACACCGGAGAAAAACCAUUCAUCUGCUCUAUUUGUAGUAAAAGAUUUACCCAGAAGACAAAUUUGGUAAGGCACACAACAAUACACACUGGAGAAAAACCUUUUAUCUGUUCGGUAUGUGGUAAAGGUUUUACACAAAGGUACUCUUUGAAAGCACAUACAAUAAUACACACUGGAGAGAAAGUGUUGAGUUGCAGUGUGUGUGGUGAAAGAUUCUCUUCUAAGUACCAGUGUAAGAAACACAAGUGUGCUGGUGAGAACAGCAGCAACAAAUGAAGAUCCAGGAUAUGAAAUAAAAUGUCAUUUAAAUUGAAA